AUGAAUACAAUUGAUGAACUAAGAAAAGCCAAGUUUCCACAAAAAUUAGAAUAAUUUGUAUUAAAAAAGAGAAGAGCAAAAACAAAGUUGAAUGAAUAUCAAAUUAGAAAACAAAGUAUUAGAUGUUAAUAUAAAGAAUAAUAAAUAUAUAUUCCUUAAGCCAAUAAAGAGUAGAUUUGUACAUUAUGUCAAUCUAUUUAUGUGGAUUAUGUAACAACAAUUUGUGAACACAGCUUCUGUUAAAAAUGCUUACUUGAACAUCUACUUAAAUGUCGUGUAUAAUGAUUUAAGUAUCAAUAGAAAAAAUGUCCAACUUGUAAAAGAGAGUUCAAAGGUGAUUUUGCUUUUCCUUGUCUUUCUAUUGAUCAUUGGAUAGGGAUUGCUUAAAAGAAUAAUAUAGAUUAUGAACUUAAAUUAAAAGAAAUAGAUUUAUGGAAAGAGAAAGGAAAAGUCAAAGAGUUUACAAUAGGAAUGAAAUUGGAUAUUUUAGAUACUGUUUUUAUUUGGUGUGAAGGUGAAGUAUAAGAGAUUAGAUAUGGAAAAAAUGAUUAACCUAAAUAGGUGUUAGUCCAUUAUCUUGGUUGGAAUAAAGUUUAUGAUGAAUUAAUAGAUGUAGAUAGUUUCAGAUUGGCUCCUUAAGGAACUAAUACUAAAUAAAAGAGUAUAUCAUUAUAUUAAAUUAGAUGUUCUAUAAUACUAAUAAUCUAAUGUAGAGACAUUAUAAAGAAGUUUAAAUCUGAGAGAGAAUGGUAAUUAAGAAAUUAGAUCAUUAAGAAAUCAAUUAUUAAUGAGAUUAGCUGGUUAAUUGUCUUCUUUGAGAAAUGAUAUUUCAAAUAAUUAAAAUUGA